GGCCAUAUCAACAUCCUUUUUGAUUUGUUUUUUAUUUUUACCAAUAUCGUGAGUAGUGGGCGGGGCUAUCUGUUUAGCUUAACAGACUGGAGUAGAUCAUUCAAUAUUUUUGCAACUCCAUUUGGUGCAGAAAUUGCAACAUAAAGAUUAAAGAUAAGAUAAAGACAAAUUUGAUACUGAAAUGUUUUGUGACCUGUGCAAGAAAUUAAUUUUUUUUUUUUUUUUAAGUAGGCUUAGAAUAGCUAUAUACACAUACGUGUUUCUUUCACUUUCUUUCUGUCGUUCCAUUUUAUUCUAUUGUCAGGUUAAUACAAUUACGUUUACGUGGGCGUUACACAGGACUUGACGCAUCUCUUGGACUCGCUGAGCGUUUUUAAAUACUAGUACGCAUCAAGUAAAAAUACAAUUUCAAAUUUGUUUCCAUGUUUCGAUCCGCUUAACAUCUCAUACUGAAUUCCCCCACCGGUACUCUUUCAGUUCCCCUUUGGUUUACAUAAAACUUUAAACCCGCCUCAGAAAAGCACCAGCAGCUUCACUUCCACUUUACUGAUCUAAACUCUGUCUGUCUCUCUGAGCGUCUGAAGAGUUCUGAAUCUCGCGUCAUCCAGAAUGUCUCUCCCACAACAGCUGCGCGAUGAAAGUGAUUUCGACCAGCUUCCAGACAACAUCCCUGUCACCGCAACCAUUGCUGAUAUCGAGGAGAAGAAAGGUUUCAUUGUUUACUAUAGGUUCGUGAUUGAGGUGAAGACCAAAGGCAACAGUAAAUACCUGAUCUAUAGAAGGUAUCGCCAGUUCUUUGCACUGCACCAGAAUUUGGAGCUUAAAUACUCAGCUGAAGCCCAGCCGGGAUACUACACCUGCCAACUACCUACUCUGCCAGGCAAGGUUUUUAUGGGAAACAAAAAGGAGAUUGCAGAGACCAGAAUCCCAGAGCUCAACAAUUACAUGAAGAGGUUGCUUUGUCUGCCUACCUGGGUACUCUUGGACGAUCUGAUAAGGAUGUUUUUCUACCAGACCGAGUUGGACAGCCAACAGGUCCCCCGGGCCCUGCGCCGCCUGCGGCCCCCCACACGCAAAGUAAAAACCAUAAAGCCCAAAACAGACCUUCUCUCCGCACCCAGAGCAGAGGCGGUGUUUGACUUCAGCGGCAGCGGACGCCUGGAGCUCAGUCUCAAGGCUGGAGAUGUGAUCUUCCUUCUGCGGAGAGUCAAUGCAGACUGGCUGGAGGGCACAGUGAGGGACAAAACUGGAAUCUUUCCCGAGUCGUUCGUGAACAUUAUUAAACCUCUUCCCGAGAGUGACUCUGACGAAGAGCGUGGAGUUUCCAAGAGUGGGAAACGUGCUCAGAGUUCAUACAGCUGCCUGCGCUGCUAUCUGCUGCAGCCCGAGGGCAUCGACACAAGGGACGUUUGUGUUGAGGAAGAUCUCUCCAUUCAGCCGUCUUACAAAGAUCUGCUUUCUCAAAUGAGGGGCAUCUUUCAAGUGGAAGAUAUUGCUUUGAACUACCGGGACCCCGAGGGUGAUCUGAUACGGAUAUUAGACGAUGAAGACAUCACUCUCAUGGUGCAAGAGAGCAAACAGACAGGGUCAAAGGUCAAGCGACCCGUGAAUCAGUUUCCCUGGGAGCUGCUGGUAACACAUGCCAAAGAUCUGACCGUCUACAACACCGAGUAGUUAAAGAAAAUGCUUUCUCGGACCUCGAAAUGUUCCUCGUAAUUUCAGAAUCAUUGCACGUUGUUAAAUUGGUUUUCAAACUGAAAACAAUUUUUGGUUAUUUAAGGGAUAGUUCACCCCAAAAUUUCAAUUUUGUCAUUAUUUACUCACCCUUCGGUUAGUAUAUCAGUCGGUGUUAUCAUUAAUAUACUAAUAUAGUUUAUAUAUAUAGAGAGAGAGAAAUUGUAUUUUUCACGUGAUCUGUUUUCACACUUUUUUUG